GAUAUUUCUCCAUAGUCCGAGUUCACUUUUGCCACUGUCUGUCGAGGCCAGUCCUAUAAUACCAGGGAGAAUUGAUGAAACUGGAAGGAAUGAGGCAACAAGGAACACGGAAUGUAGUCCUCCCGAGGACAGCAUUGUGUCUGUCCGGACGGACAUUUGUCUUCGAUUGUUGAACAUCCACGACUCAGACUCGUUGCUCAAUCUUCAGGAGGCAGAGGCCCUCCAGUAUUCAGGCAGGUUUUCCCUGGAUGAGACCAACGAGAGUUCAACUGGGAGUCCUAUCAGCAGCGGACCGAGCUCAACGUGCUGGAUACCUGCAUCAAGCAAGUUUGAGGCCGCUUCAAGCAGAUCAAGAGACUUCGGCAUGUCACAUGAGACUUCAGCCGCUUCAGCCGCUUCAGCCGGUAACUUGACUGCGACACCGAUUCCGUAUUCCAGCAAAGACUCCGAUGAUGAGGUUGGUAGCACGGAGUUUGGCACUGGGGAUAGUAGACAACAAAGCUGGCAGAGCGAGGAAUCGACUGAGUCAGUGUAUAACACGUUGGAUGCACACACGAAGGGCACCUGCAAGCCGUGCCGCGCCCGGUCUCUCUCUCUCUCUCUUUUUCUUCUUGGGCAAGUGCCACUAGGCUGGGCUAGGCUCAAGGCCUUUUCAUCGUCCACAUCCCAUGCCAUCCUUGGACUUGCACUUCUUCAGGGUCAGCAUGGUUGCUCGCGUCUCCUCCUCUCGAAGAUGUCGAGGAAACAUCUCCAUUGCAUUCUUGCCCGAAUUGUAGAUCCUUUGUGA